GGCGACAUGUUGAUUUUUUUCAUAGGUUCUGUGAAGCCGAUACGGAUCGCUGUCAUUGCUACAAAAUGUCUUUGUAGUUAUCAGGGUGUAGGUCAUAUAAUUGUAGACUUAUUAACUAAUCCGUGCUAAUUUCCGUAUGUUUAAACGAUUAUAAAGAAAAAGAAGAGGAUCCGCUCCACCCGAAAUCAGGGGUAGCUAUGCAAGUGGUGUCAGUGCGUUCGAGGUAAUACAGUGGUCGCGGUUGGACUGAUGAUGAGGGCACAUUGAGAGGCACCACGGCUUCCUCAGUGGCGGGCGGCGCGCGGGGAGCGGAGUCUCCUUCGCAGGCCAACCAGGACACGGUCGACAACGCCACUCCCACCUGCUGGUGGUCGGCGUGGUCUGCGAUGGGGUGCUUCGGCUCCCCGGGCGGCAAGAGCGGCGGCGAGGGCGACGACCUCAAGUCGCAGAAGCGCCGCAGCGAUGCCAUCACGCGCCAGCUACAGAAAGACAAGCAGCUAUACCGGGCAACGCACCGGCUACUGCUGCUGGGCGCGGGCGAGUCGGGCAAGUCGACGAUCGUGAAGCAGAUGCGCAUCCUGCACGUGAACGGCUUCUCGGACAAGGAGCGCCGCGAGAAGAUCGAGGACAUCAAGAAGAACAUCCGCGACGCCAUACUGACUAUAACGGGUGCAAUGAGCACUCUCACCCCGCCAAUACCACUGGAGAAAGCUGAAAAUAAGGCGCGCGUCGACUAUAUACAGGACGUGGCGUCACAACCGGACUUCGACUACCCGGCGGAGUUCUACGAGCACACGGAGGCGCUGUGGAAGGACCAGGGCGUGCAGCGCACGUACGAGCGCAGCAACGAGUACCAGCUCAUCGACUGUGCCAAGUACUUCCUGGACCAGGUGCACAUAAUAAAGCAGCCCAAUUACACGCCCACCGAGCAGGACAUCCUCCGCUGCCGUGUACUCACCUCCGGCAUCUUCGAGACGCAGUUCGUCGUCGACAAAGUCAAUUUCCAUAUGUUUGACGUGGGCGGUCAGCGUGACGAGCGGCGCAAGUGGAUCCAGUGCUUCAACGACGUGACGGCGAUCAUCUUCGUGACGGCGUGCUCCUCGUACAACAUGGUGCUGCGCGAGGACCCCACGCAGAACCGCCUGCGGGAGUCGCUCGAUCUCUUCAAGAGCAUAUGGAACAACAGAUGGCUGCGUACGAUAUCGGUGAUCCUGUUCCUGAACAAGCAGGACCUGCUAGCGGAGAAGGUGCUGGCUGGCAAGUCGCGGCUGGAGGAGUACUUCGCGGACUUCGCGCGCUACACCACGCCGCCAGACGCCGCGCCCGACGCGCGGGACCACCCCGAGGUGGCGCGCGCCAAGUACUUCAUUAGGGACGAGUUUCUGCGUAUAAGCACAGCGAGCGGCGACGGCAAGCACUACUGCUACCCGCACUUCACGUGCGCCGUCGACACGGAGAACAUCAAGCGCGUGUUCAACGACUGCCGCGACAUUAUACAGCGCAUGCACCUGCGUCAGUACGAGCUACUCUAACCUCACACUAGACAAGCCAUGAAAGUAGCGAGCCGGGCUGCCCACGGCGGCCGGCCCCCUCAGCAAUAUAUAUUGAGUGUACUCGUACGCGCACUGUGAUCGCCGCAGCACGCCACGCCGACAACGCCAGCUUGGGACGAUAACGAACAUUACACUUCAUUCGUUACAGACAGAAUAUCAAGUGCAACAAGAAAGUAAGAAAAAUAUGCUUAAUUUAUUCCGAACAGUUCAAAAGCAGAUACAUAAACAAAAAAGAUUUUAUAGACAAAUCAAAAUUGAAAUAAGAAUAUUUUGGCAGAAUCAGGGCUAAGUCCCCUUCGAUUCAAAAAUCGAAUUUGCAAAUAAAUGAUAUUAGUUAUUUCCUGCCAGUUCAGUUUUUUUAGUAUUUUUAGUAGCUGAAACCUUUAUAAUCUGUUUCAUUCCAAAGUCAAAUUAAAAAAAUAUAUAUAUUUAUGAAGUAAAAAUCGCGUUCGGAUAUUCUCCCAAGUUUAGGCUGACGUUCGGAUAGUGUGUAGUGUACAGUGGCCGCAUGGUGUUUCCGGGACUCUCGCGCUGGCAACUAUUCCACGAUAUUGGGUGUGAGGCGCUCGUCACUAUGCUUAUAUUUAUUAUUUUUUAAAUUUAGCCUUUAUAUGGUCCAUUAAUAGACACAGGCCUUCCUUUCUUCAAGUAAAGGCUACUCUAUUGCGGGUUGGUGGAUAAUUAACUUAUGAAGUUUUAAUAAGGAUGGAACUGAAAAUAUUUGAUAUAUUUACUGGAUUUUUUUCUUUGAUAGUAUGAGUUUGAAUCUUAGACUAAAUAGACGAUUGAAAGGUCUUACUAUUUCUUUAAGUUACUUAAUAAGAAAAUGUGGAAAGCUGCUAAAUGUAAAGAAAUGAAUGAAGGCUUGAUAACCUUAAAAAUAUCGUUUAAUAUUUACUAAGUCUUAAUUUAUAAAGAGCGUGUGACUACUGUCAUCUAGGCGAAUGAGAUUUCGUUAGAAAGAAAUGAAUGGAAUGUUGUAUGUAAUGUGAAACUGUUUUUUUAAAACUUCAUAAAGUAUCAGACAAAAAAUCCAUUGGGUUUAUUUAAAUGUUUUCAGUAUCGUCUUUGCCGUAUAAGUCGUAAAGUCAGUUUAUAUUUCAUGUCGGGGCUUGAAAGUGGUUAAGGUAUUACGUUAGCGUAAUUAUAAGGCUACCGGUAUGGAAUUACGAUACUGAUUUCCUAUUGGCUAAUCAAAUUAGUACCGAUUACUUAUUGGAUACUCAAACCAAUGCCGAUUUCUUGUUAAUUAAAUAGGUAAUUUCAUACCGGUAGCGUAGCUUUAUACCUUAACCGUUUUCAAGCCCUGGUCGUGACUAUUUUAUAAAACUUUAUAAAACUAAAUAUCGGGGAGGGCUUUACUAUAACCAUCGUAGAGAGGCAGAAAGUAAUCUAAUUUUUACUACUUAAAACUAUAUAGUGACUUGCGCCAUUGACUGUUGAGUCGAUUCAAUCGACGAAUUUCGGUAAUUAUAGUGCCAAUCGCGGAUCGCCCCUCUAUUCUCAAACUGCGUUCCGAUUCGUGCAACCAUACACAUUCGGCUCGGCGUGUACAGUCAUGAGCAAUAUAAUAGACCCACUUAAGGACUCUGACGCACUAACAUAUUUGACAUUUAGUGAGGCUUACAGUUCAAUUUGUCAAAAAAGUUAAUGUGACAUGGUACCAAAGUGUACCGUACCGAGACUGUUUAAUAAUAAUGCCAAUUGGCAACAUGUUUCUAAGCACGAAUCGGAACACGAAAUAUACGAUUGUAAUAGACUUGAAUAUUUCUCAAUAAAGAAAUGUUAAGAUCUAGUUUUCUACAGAACUUAUCCAAUGCUUUUAAAAGUAAUUUUCACAACUGCCAGUAUAAUCCUGGUGGUACUACUCUACUGUAAAUCAAUCGGGCAAUAUAUUUGUGCGAUAGUUGUCACAUACGACGCGUAUUUGAGUUGCCAAGCGUACACUAGGUAAUAUAACACCAAAUAUGGAUUUUGAAAGAGUACUAAAGUUCUAUGACGUUUUAUGAAAACAAGCUUGGGAAUUCAAAUGCGUGGAUAUUUUUUUAGAAUAGUGUGGGUAUCACGGGCGGUAUAUACAUUGUUUAUAUUAAGGAUCAUUGGUGUAUAGAGGUUCCCUGGAGGCUAGAUAAGUAUUCCUUUAUGUAGAGCGCACGCUUUACCUCCUUCGUAUAAUGUCGACUUUUCUUUAAUGCAUAUCACUGUAGCGCAAGAGUAUGCUCAAAAGUAGGCCAAAUUUUGUUUACCAUUUUGUAUUUGUUCGGUAAAUAAGCUGUGUACUAAAUUCACUGCGCAUGUGUGCGGCUCAGCACCUCGGUCGGCUUAACACAAUAUUGUAUUUGGUGCCGAUUCGGUUAACCACAAACUUAAUUUGACAGGACUAAAACUAUCUCCAUCCCUUUCUUACACUUUUAUUCUUUUGAUUUUUAAACUCUUUUGACACUUAUUGUUAGUGAAGGACGGCGCUAGUCUAAGAGCUGCCAGACUAAAAUUAGUUAAAACUAAAGUUUGUGUCCGUCAGAUUAGGCAUAAUUGUGUAAUGGCGUAGUGUCGCUCGUCUUUUGUUUUAUAAAAGUGUAUAACAAAUACCGAGCCGAACACAUGUGUAGAGAUAUGUUUGGUGCAAGCACUUAAAUAGAAUACAUGAUAGACCACGAACUUCGUAUUGAACUAAGGUGCGCCCAAAAAUACAGUCCCAAAUAUAUAAGUCUUAAUAAAAUGCAGCUACUACACACAAAUGUUUAUAUACAGAUUCUUAUGUUAUUUAAAUAGUGAAAUAUACAAUAUUAUGUAUAGCUUUUUUUGUUUACGUAGCACAAUAUACUAUCUGACUUGAAUUAUGGAAUUGUUAUGUCUGUAUAUUUUUGAUUGCAGAGAAUAUAUUUUUUUUCUACUGUUUAGUUUAAAACGUGGUGAUCCUAACUGUCGUGUCAUUGUUUUUCUUUUUUUGUUGAGAUGAAUAUUUUUAGGUUUAUGAUGAUUUAGUUUCUAUGGAUUGUAUGUCUUCCAAUGUAUCUACCUAUAGUUUUUAUAAUUAACAUUUCUUUUUUGUUUUUAUGAAAUGACUUAUUUUAGCAGCUACGUUUAAUUGUUUACAUUUAGCACAAUUUUUGACUAAAAAUAUAACAAAUGGCAAGAGCUUUGCUGUAGGUUUAAAUUAGAUUAUUUAAAUAUUUUUUAAUAUGAGCUUUUAGGGGGGCUACACACAUGUGCGGUUGGCGCCCGCUCGGGUGGACAGCGGCGAGCCAAAUGUGUGUGUAGCGUCCUUUAGUGUAAUAUUAAGGUCCAAAGAUACAAGUGCUGACCGUAUGUGAUACGGCCGGAAGAGCGAAUAUCAAUAUUUAGCAGUAUUUGAUUUAAAGAAAAUGAAUAUUUCAAAGAAUUAUUAUUCGGAUUAUAGUUAUAAUAGAUUCUACGUUUUUCUUCGUUUUAAGGAUGUUAGCCUUAAGUACAAAAUGUUACUAACAGACGCGCCCUAACCUAACAUUAAUUAGCAAUUUAUUAUUUAUAAACAUUGGUUUAUGUACUUACCCUUACGUCUGGUGCCGUGCAGUCUGCUGUAUGAGUGGGGCUUUCCAACCAAAACAUAAGUUCACGACUAUAUACCAAUUGGGGUAGUCAGAGGUACAUCCAUCGCUAGAUAAACAAACAAAACUUGAAGGAUCAUUAUUAAUACACAAACAUUGAAAUAUAACAUCGGAACAGUUUGAUAACUAAAAAGAGGCCUUUAUAAAUAGCAAUCUCAUUCAGUCAACCUUAUGAAGAAAAGAUUAAUAAGUAGAGCAGGCAGUCGACAAUAAGUCAUCACAAGAAAUAUACUAAUUAUUAAUACUUUUAAUUAAUUUAAAAGACCAACAACAUUACAGCAUCACGCCUCUAUCCCAAAAGGGUUGAGCAGUGGUGUGCAGUAUAUACCACUCCUCGCCACCUAUGUUUAAGUUCCAUGUUAAUUAAAAGAAAAUAAUUUUCCAAAUCGCUCCAGGUGUCUUCGAGCAAUCGGGGAACGUACAUAAAAAAAGUUCCCGACUAAUUGAGAACCACCUUUUUUUAAAGUCGGUUAAUAAACUGAUAAAUUACUCAUUCGCUGACUAGCACAACCAGACACUGUUAUUAGGAUCUUUAUAUAUAUUAAAAAAAGAACAUAUUUCCCCUAUCGUUAUUUAUAACCGACUUGAAUCUGAACAACUACUAAGUUUUAAGUAGUACAUUGUUUUAUAUUAUUUUCUAUUGGAGAUAUCGUGUAUAUUAAAAUAAAUCUUAUGUAAAAAAAUAUUUAAUCAUAAAAGGCAGCUAAGUUAAUCUUUUUAAUUUUCUAAACAUAUUACGGGUACCUGAUAUUGUUACAAUUGUCAUAGUAACAGCUAUUUUUUUACAGAGACCAAAUUAAUUGAAUAUCACAUAACACCAGCGGGCUUAGCACCGUAAGCACGCGACUCUUUCUCGCCGCGACAGAGAUCGUCUGUCUCUUUCUGUGCAGUACUGUGAGAGAGUGACGGGUGACGUAUGUCGAGGCGAGAGAGUCGCGCGCUAACGGUGCUAAGCCCGCUGGUAUUAUCAAAGAUUGAAUGUUUAUCUCCAAAAGAAAAUAAUAAUUGGCUAGUUUCCAACUAGUCAAAUCAGUUACUUUUUACUAAAGAAACACGAAAUUACUAUAGAUUUUGUAUGGAAAAUCAAACUGUGACGUCAUAGAAAAACGUGAUAAAAUGUCGGACUUAUUAUUACGUUUUUCUUGAUUAAAAUUCAUAAAGAAGUUAAAUUAAAAAGGAAACUAUUUUUCGUUACUUUUAAAUUUGUCUUUAUUUAGUAAUCAGAAUUUCAUAAUUUAUCUUUGACCUAGGAAACUACCAAUUGUUAAAUUAAUCAUAUAUGGUCCUUAAUAUAAGAAUGGAAGCUGGAGUAAUGUAAUGUGCCAUAUUAUGAUGUGUUGCCAGCGGAGACACCAUCCCUUAAUGUUACCAUAUAUAAAAAUAUCUACAAAUGUAUUGACUCUGUGAGCUACUCCUUCCUCUUAAAUACUUGUAAAGUAACAGAUUGCUAUAUUUUGCUUUUUAAUAACACUAUCGUUAUUAUUUUUUUAAAUAUAACUAUAUUGAGAAUUGUA